GAAAAUAUUUACCAAAAUAUAUUUUGGUAAAAAUGAAAACGAAAAAGACAGAAUUUAAUAAGGGAAGGCAACUUAAUGUUAAAAAAGCUACUCGAUGUGUGGAAGAUCCGAUCCGUCGUAAAAUUAAAACUGCGGUUCAAAAUCCUAAUCGCAAAACAAAUCGUUUAACUGGUAACUUAGAUGUUUGCGCAGAAGAAACCACUCUCAAUUUGCAAAAUAGAAAAAUUUGUAGCACUUCUCAGAAUAAGUUAAAGAGAUUGAGGGGUAGGCCACGCAAGACAAUGUGUGACGAUUCAUUUAAAGCGGCCAUUUCCGCUAUGAUGGACGCUUCAUGUUUCGAGACUUUAAAGAUGAAAUCACCCCUAGUUGAGAAAAUUAUUAAAAUUAAAUUAAAAGCUAAUUUGAAACCUGCUCUGACGAAAAAACUAAUAACUAAUGAAGUCAACCGCAAUAACAAGUAUAAAAACAAUACUCGUGUUGUUUAUGGAAAGGUCCACCCAAUCAAAUCAGGUGAUAUUCAGAAAACGGUAGUAGAAAAUGCGAAUAAGAGAGGUGUGGCAAAAAACAAAAUUGGUCAACUUAAAGGAAAAGCGAUUAACAAUGGGGUGAAACGCCUUAACGGUAACAGUUAUACUCAUAACUUUAACGCAGUCAUGAGUAGGGACCGUACUAUAAAGAAUAGAUUACCGUCAAUGAAAACUAUGUUGUAUGCAGCCAUACAAGCCGCGAAAAGUGGAUCUAAACAAUUACUCUCCUACUACAGAAUUAAGCAAUUUUUCUUUGAAAAAUAUGGUUUAACCAAAAACAACAUUGAUGAGUAUAAAGGGAUAAUAAGAGAUUGCCUAAAGGAAUAUGAAAAAACAGGAGAGAUUAUAAGAGUUACAGGGGCGGGUUUGGUGGGAUCGUUCACAUUUUAUAGGCAACUUAGAUUUCCGCGCAAGGCAAAUGCUCAAAAAAUGAAAUUAAUUUUAUGAAUAACAUAUAUACCAAUAUAUAUUUUUAUAAUAAACAAUUUCGGCAUAAUUUUAUUUUUAUAAUAAAUCAUUCCGGCAUACUUUUGGCAAAUUCAA